AUGGGGAAUGGAAGCAUUCAGGGGAAUAGCAGCGACGUUAGUACCGAGGAGUACCGCUCUCAAAUUCUCGAUGCGGAAAUGAAAGGGUUUCGCGUUGUCUUUGACAUAUUCAUUCCUCUAAUGUGUCUCUGCUUUGCCGGUAAUUUCUUUGUCGUCGACACAGUGCUCAACGGUGAUGUGAUAGAGAAGGCCCAGGAGAAAAAGCGGACUCUAGACGGGAGAAUGGUAGAGCAUUCAAGUCAAAAUGGAUGUCCUGAUAAACAGACAGAGGUUUAA